AUGGGCCACGCUCGCUGCGGGCACUGCGCGGUCUUCCUCGUGGCCGCGCUGGUGCUGGACGGGGCCGGCUUAGCGCUGGUGCUGGCGGGCGCCGUGGGGCGGCCGAUGGUGGACGGGAUCCCCUUGGAAGAUUUCCUGGUGCUGACCGGGUCGCUGCUGCUCGCCCUGUCGCUGCUCUGCUGGCUCUUCUGGUAUUCGGGGAACCUGCGCGGGGUGCCCGCCGAAGAGCUCCAGAUCGGGGUGCGCCCCGCCGCCGAUGCCGCCGCCGCCGCCGCAGGCACGACCCAGCCCCGUCGCCGGCAGAGCCUCCUGCGCCUGGCCGCCAAGCUCUCCGAGCGCCUCUCGCAGCGCCGCCGGCCGGCGCCUGCGCCCUGCGCGCCUCUUGGCUCGGGCCUUCCCGCGAAGGCCACGCGAGGCGCGGCGGCGGUGGGAGCAGCCGCCGGGUCCCUGGAGCUCAGCUGCCUCCGCCCGGCUGCGCCGCUUGAGCAGGGGCCCGCGAGGACGCAGGAGCGGCUGGUGUGA